ACCACAACCACCUUGGGAACUUGAAGCUCAACAACUCUCACGAAUUACACUCCCUCCGUUUUCUACAGUUCUGGGCUAGAAUCUCAUGCGCGCUAGGAACAACCCUAUAUCCUGGGAUGGUUAAAAUAUGUGGCGUGAAGGCGCGUUUGCACAAUUUUUGCAAGUACAUUGUGAAAAAAAAAACAAGGCGCUGCAUCAAGUUGAAUGAUAUCUUUCUCCUACGAGUUUCUCUACGCCUAUAAUAAAUCCAGAACAUCUCGAAGGUGCUUCGAGUGUCUUCGGCUCACUUGCUCUCAUCAUUGGGAUUUCCGGCUCUUUUCAUUGCUCGGACAACGUGAGUUCCAUGGCUCGAGAAUACACGAUCAAUUUGGGAAGAAAUGCCUCUAGUCUCUGAUCCAUUCCCUAUAACCUAUGUGAACACUCACACAAGUAAAAACCGACGUACUUCACUGGCUCGUACUCUACCGCGAACACGCUCAGGUGCGCCAAAUUGCCUCAAAUACAAGCCGUCCUUAAAAGCCAGGAGGCGAGACGAUAGACCCACCAUUAGAGACUAACGUCAGUCUUGUCGGGACCUCUUUUCACGAUGUUCUCUCUACUUCUGGGCGGUCUUGUCGCUUUGGGAUCUAUCUCUCCCACUCACGCUGCAUUGCGCAAAUUCAACUUGGUUAUCGAAGACACGAUUCUUGCCCCAGAUGGAUUCUCGCGACAUGCCAUCGCACCCAAUGGAACCUUCCCUGGACCUACGUUCAAGGUCCAGAAAGGUGACAGUGUCGAUAUUGCGAUGAAGAAUGCUAUGACGGAUCCUACUAUGCGGCGCAGCACGUCUAUUCACUGGCAUGGAUUCUUCCAAGCUCGUACAUCGUAUGCGGAUGGUCCGUCCUUCGUCAAUCAAUGCCCCAUUCCCCCGGGCAAUACUUUCCACUAUGCAUUCGACACUGCCGGCCAAACCGGAAACUACUGGUAUCACUCUCACCUGUCUACUCAGUACUGUGAUGGGCUCCGCGGUGCCUUCGUCGUCUAUGAUCCGAACGAUCCUCUCAAGCACCUCUACGAUGUCGACGAUGAUUCCACUAUCCUCACUCUUUCCGAUUGGUAUCACGAAGUCGCUCCAGAUGCUCAAGACAAUUUCUUCAAGUCUGGUACUGUUCCUAUUCCAGACUCAGGUCUUAUCAACGGUAAAGGUCGAUACAUUGGUGGACCUUUGGUUCCUUUCGCCGUCAUCAACGUCCAGCAAGGCAAGCGGUACAGAUUCCGUGUCUUCGCUCUCUCGUGCCGUCCGUUCUUCACCCUCUCCGUCGACAAUCACAACCUCACUGUCAUGGAAUUCGAUGGCGUCGAACAUGAUCCCGUCACCGUCCAGAAUGUCGACGUCUUCGCUGCCCAACGGAUCUCAGCCAUCCUAGAAGCCAAUCAACCAGUCAACAACUACUGGAUCCGUGCCCCUCCCACUGGUGGUGCAGCUGCCAGUGCUGGCGGAAAUCCCAACUUUGACCCCACCUUGACCAAGGCCAUUCUCCGCUACAGGGGCGCUCCUAAUGUUGAACCUACUACAAACAACACACCUGGAGUCAAACUUGAUGAUGCCGACAUGCACCCGAUCGCGUCAGAACACCCCGGAAAGCUUGGCGAUGGACCCCCAGAUAUCGCGUUCACUCUGAACAUCGCCCAACCCAACCCGCCUUUCUUCGAUAUCAACGGUAUCUCCUACAUUUCCCCCACCGUUCCAGUUUUGCUUCAGAUCUUGAGUGGAGCUGGCGCACCAGAAGAUUUCUUGCCUUCCGAACAGAUUCUCUCCAUCACACCCAACGCGACCAUUGAAGUCUCCAUUCCUGGUACUGGCGCCCAUCCGUUCCACUUGCACGGUCACAACUUCGAUAUCGUCCGAGUCACCAACCACAACGACACCAACUUCGUCAACCCACCUCGGCGUGACGUGCUUCCCAUCAACGGUGGCAACACCACCUUCCGAUUCAAGGCCGACAAUCCUGGUGCAUGGUUCCUCCACUGUCACAUCGAUUGGCACUUGGAAGCUGGUCUAGCCGUCGUGUUCUCCGAGAGUCCAGCAUUGAACCGUGGCAACGGGCCAUUCUCGCAGAUUACUCCUCAGGAUUGGGAGCAAUUAUGUCCUGAAUACAAUGCUCUGCCGCCUGAAGAGCAGUAGAGGUCCGGGAUAUCGACUUUGCCCUUUGGUUUCGUACAGAUAGGCGAGAUUUUCUGUAGUCCAGAAUGGGUUUCGCUCGGAGUAACUUUCAUCGUGUUUCCUUAUGAUUAACAAUGC